AUGUCCCCAAUAGAAGAGAAUGAGGAAAAACACCCAAUAAAGGAUGAGUUUGCUGAUGAACACAUCCUUGUUGUUAUUGGAAUGCCUUGGUUCGCAGACUAUGCGAAUUAUCUAGUAGGCGAGGUGAUCCCGAGUGAAUUUGACUCUAACUAUAAGAAAAAGUUUGUUCAUGAUUGCAGGUUCUAUUUGUGGGACGACCCUUUCUUGUACAAGAAGGGAGUAGACGGGUUGGUUAGAAGAUGUGUUCCAGAAGAAGAACAGAGGGAUAUGCUGAAAGCUUGUCACGAUUCGGACUAUGGUGGACACUUUAGUGGUGAUAGAACCGCUACCAAAGUCCUCCAAUCAGGCUUAUACUGGACGACACUAUUCAAAGAUGCUCAACAAAUGAUCAAAGAGUGCGAUAAAUGCCAAAGGAUGGGAAACAUUUCGAAAAGAAAUCAGAUGCCGCAAAAUCCCAUGCUGGAAGUUGAACUCUUUGAUAUAGCCACUCCAUACCACCUGCAAACAAGUGGUCAAGUUGAAGUGUCAAAUAGGCAGCUGAAACAAAUCCUAGAGAAGACGGUUAAUGCUUCUCACAAGGAUUGGGCGAGUAAGCUUGAUGAUGUGCUUUGGGCAUAUCGUACUGCUUUCAAAACACCAAUUGGUAUGUCCCCAUAUCAAUUGGUGUAUGGUAAGGCAUGUCAUCUACCUUUGGAACUGGAACACAAAGCUUUGUGGGCUUCCAAAUUCCUUAACUUGGAUCUUGAGAAAGCAAGGGAAUCUCGAAUCCUUCAACUCCACGAGUUGGAAGAAUUUAGGAACCUGGCAUAUGAAAAUGCAAAGAUCUACAAAGAUUAA